AUGAAGACCUCUACUUCCUUCGCCGUCGUCGCCUCCGUGGCCCUUCCCGCCGUUCUCGCCGGCAGCUCUGGCUCUGCCUCAGUCACCCCUCACGAGAGCUACUCGUCGUCGGUUGGCGUCUUGGGUUGCAAGAUCAACACCAACCGCGUCGCCUACUGGCCUGCUUCCAUCGACUGCGACAACAUCUGCGUCAAGCUCAGCUAUGGGGGCCGCUCCGUCCACCUCCUCCGCAUCGACCAGUCCGAGGGCGCCUAUGAUGUCAGCUACGAUGCCUGGAACUACCUUUCCACUGGCAACUCUGCUUCCGAGGACCCUACCACUGGCGGCCCUGUCGCCAUGGACUACGACGCUUCCAACAGCAUGAACUACGUCGCUAGCUGCCUCGACCAACCCAGCAGCUGGGUCGCCAAGAACUACGAGCUCUACAAUGUGCUCGACCCCGUCUGCGCCUGGGGCUGCGACGAGAAGUGCACUCUUGACUGGCCUAGCAAGAACCAGGCCGACUGCCCCAGCGGCCUCGGUACCGCCAAGAUUCUCACCGAUGCCCCCGUCUACAACAUCCAGUACGGCAGCGGUAAGACCAUCCUCGCCUCUUCGGGCGAGGUCGUCAGCAACGCUGCCGCCGCCAGCUCUGGUUCCUCUUCCAACUACGCCUCGGGCGGCGUCACCAUCAGCCUUCCUGGCGGUUCCAAGUCCAACUCGGAGAACGCUGAGCCUGAGGCCGCGCCCGAGCCUGCGGAGAGCUCCGCCCCUGCCCCCGCCGAGUCCUCGGCUGCCGCAGACGAGGCCGUUGAAUCCGACACUCCUUCUGGCUCCACCUCGGGCCCUGCUUCCUCUUCUUCCGCCGCUGCUUCAUCUGAUGUCGCCUCCAGCACCACUUCCGGCUCUUCUCCUUCCGGCACGGGCGUCGCCGUCCCCUCUAGCUCGGGCAACGGGUCUGAGUUCACCAUCCCUUUCGCGCUCCUCUUGCCCAUCCUCACCGCUGCUCUGCUCGGAUAA